AUGAUUUCAGAAUUAUGCAUUGUAGAUAAAGACUCAUUUAAGGCAAAAAAAUACAUCAGCACUCUAGAAUCUUCAGCCUCUGCCACGAGAGAUCAGCUGCGCAUACUUGAUUUUUUUAGGGAAAUCAUUUACUUGCUAGAUUCAAAGCAGUUUAUGUUAAACAAAAAUAAUAAGGCCAAGAUAUCUGAAAGGGACUUUAGUUAUCAGCUCUGGUUACCUAUAUUCCAAAAAGUAUUUCAUAUCAACAAUGAAAUAAUUCGAAUCAAAGUAGGAGAAACUGUCCUAUCCGAGUCAACAGAGUCUAAAGCAUCUGUUUAUACAGACUCGCGAAACAUUGUCGGCUUCAAGGUAGACAUGCGCUUUUUACUUGAUUUCGAAAUGGUGGAAUUUGACGUUGCUUGUGCCGAGGCAUGCAUCCCAAUUGUACCCGAAGCCAAAAUCCAACAUGAUAUGUCAAAGCUUUUGCGUGAGGGCAAAAUCAUGCAAACUGCAGCUCUCAAUGUCAUUCAAAACAGCCGUGUAUUCUCUUGGGUUAUUCAAAUCUCAGGUCCAUCAUGCGACUUUUACACUGUCCAUGGCACCAAGCACCAAUAUCACGUAUGCAUCCAUCAGUUCACUGUUGUCUUUCUAAGCGAGCAUUUGAACCUGCCAUUGGUCUUUGAAUCAUUGUUUAAUAUCAUUAUGUUCAGAGACCCAUUAGAAUCUUCAGCAAUAAGGUCUUGUCGGAAACGAGGUUGGUCAAUGAAGACAAGGCCACUUCGCCUAAAGACUAAAAUUUGACUACGGGACGUUUUAACUGCAAGAACUUUAAUACAAUUGCUAUUAGAGCUGGAAUUACCGCCACUGUUGGCACCAGGCUAUCUCUCCAAUGAAUCCUCGUUCAAGGUACUUAAAUUGCACUGAAAGAGGGCCUUCGUCGUUGUCCUUUGUUUUGUUGUAUGUGAAGAUUGACGAAAAUAAAAAGGCGUCUGCCUUUCUUUUCAAACCAAAAAACACGAUGGGAGAUUCAAGGGAUCAGGCUUACUGUCUGACCUAUAAAGAGCUAUUCAAUAAGAAGAAGAGUACCAUACGGCUUUUUCUCGAAAAAAAAAGUCAGAUCUGUAGUGAUUACAGCUAUAGAACAAAGAAGAGCUCUAGAAUCCCC